GUUCAGACGCGGUUGGUCGCUGCUGGGCGAAAAGCUGUUUUUGGACUUCUGAAUGUGUAUUUUUACUUUCUUUUUUCCGUCUCCGCGCUAACUUCGCAGGUUUCACUCUGAAACUAAAGUUUCAUUAAAACAGAUCUUCAUCCGGGUCGGAGCAGACUCAAAAGCUUACCUUUGUCUCAGGUUUGCAGUUUAGCUGGGACCUUUUUCAGAUGGAGGAGCUCAGUGAGGACUGCAGCUUGAAUGAUGAUAUGGUGGAUGGGGACCUGGGUGAUGGGAUAGGAGUCACAACAGCACUCAGCUCCACUAGGAUGAAGAGUGAAAGAGCGAGCGGUCGCUCAGAGAGUCGGCUGCUCAGAACAGACCCGCUGCAGUGCAGCAGUCGAGCAGGAGAGGCCGCCUGGAUUCCUACAAUAAAAACUGCAGAGACACAGCAGAGAGCCCAGCGGGAGCUGUCAUACUUUGGCUCACUCGUUGACCUGUCUAAAGAUGAACUCAAGGAAAGACUACAGGAAGCAACUAAGAUGAUAGAUGUACUAUGCUGUGAGCUUGAUGUAGCACACCGUUACUUUGAAGGAAAAUAUGAAGCUCUGAAGAUUCUGCAAGGCAAGGCCAUUCUUGACAAAGCAACAAGUCACACUAAAAGUGUGCUGCAGAAAACUGAGGAGAAAGCCAAAGCACUCGAGAAGGAGGUGAACAGUUUGCAGUGGGAGCUCAGCUUUUCUCAGGCUCAGAUGAAGAAAUCUGAGCAGUCCUGGGAGCACAAGUUCAACAGAAUGUCAAGUGAGAACAAGAUUCUGACUGACAAGUUGCAGGAAAUGGAGAGUGAGAGCCAGCAGCUCCGAGCAGAAAACUCUGCCUUGAAGCGACAGUACUUGGAACUUCUCUCCAUGCUGAAUGUGAAGGAGCAGAGAAUUUACCAAGCCACCAAACCUCAGUACAGCCUAGACACCGAGUCAGGUGUUCUGGAGUUGACUGUACUGGGAGCCUGCCAGUGUGUGUUUGAUACUGAACCAUGUCCAUGUAGUCGGACUGCUGCUGCCAGCAGGAAGCAGUUGGUCCAGUUACAACAGGAGCUGGAUGCUCAGCGUUUAAGGAAAGAAGAGGCCUUGAUGGUUGCAGAUGCUUUUCGCAUCGCCUUUGAACAACAGCUGAGGAAGCGAAGUGAGGAGUUCCUGCUCGUAGCCGAGGCCAAUAUUAAGAAAUCAAAUCACUCUAAAGCUGAAGGUGCCAACAAGAGUUCUUUAAUAAGUGUAAGUAAGAGGCUGAAGGCAUUGCUCCCCUCUGGUCUGGAGAUGAAAAUGCCUGAUGAACAUUUAGAGACUCUCUACAAGCUGCUGGACUUGCUGAAUGACAAGGAGGAGGCCCUGGCCCACCAGAGGAAGGUGAGCAUCAUGCUAGCCCACAGCGCUGAGGAGCUGCAGAGACAGUUGCAUCUGGGUUCCAGUUGCCAGCUGCAGGACCCACCAGAACCCAGGAUUCAACAGAGGCAACCCCAAGGUCCACUGGAGAACCAGAGCCAGUCUCAGAAAACAUCUGAGACAUCAGAACCUGAGGUUCAAGUGUCAUCAGAGUGCAAACUCCACAGUCCACCACAUCUCUCCGAGUCCAGGACAGAAUCAGAGGGUGUGUGAGGCUCAUCAAAGACUAGCAGUAAGAUACUGGCUAAUUACAGGAGCUUCAGCCAGUUAUCGUCCUGAUCUCCCCACAUGAGGAAAUACACUGAGGGUUCUGUCCGAGCACUCAGGCUUUACUCUGAAGUCCCAAACUGUGACAGGUUCAUUUGUGACCUGUCCAGAAUAUACCCCAGUCCUAUCAUGGCUGGAGUUGCAUUAUAUGUUGCAUUGCAUGUUUAUCCGAUAUUAUAAUUUUAUCUUAGUCUGUAAAAUCAAUUGCUUACACAACACAUAACACAACAUCAGCUCUUUGCAAGCAUUUGAAACCAAGGCUAGCGACGGCCCAGAGUGACGUUAAUGUCUCCUAAGCAAAGCUUUGCCAUCCCAGCCAGGCAGGCAGUCUGAUUAUCAACCUGACUGUUAUGCAGUCAGCCUCAUAGAGCUGUGGACUAAGAUAGACAAAAGUACUGGGCUACCUCGUUGCCUUUGAAUUCAGGUGUUUAAUUCCAGAUCUUAGCCACGCCCUCUGCCUUUAUAUUUCAUCCUAGAGUCUUUCUCACUGAAUUUGAGGGUGAUACUGUAAGGUUUGAUCCAUGAUCAGGGGCUUUGUGAAAUUUCUUCCUCCUAAAUGUUCUCUAAUCAGCUGUGAGUUGUGUAAUUGCAGAGUGAAAGUGGAACCACACAGUCAUGAAAUGACAGCAUGCAGGAAGUUACAGAGCAGGUUCAGCGAGUGCUGCGAUGCAUACUGUGUAAACGUUGCUGUGUCAGUGACUCGUGAGCUCUCCUGGCAUGCAUAUAAACAACAUGCCAGGAGUGUAAAGGCACACAGCUGCUGUAGGUGUGACAUGUAAGCUCUGUACUGUUGUCCAUACACUUUGCAUCUGUACAGAUUCUAAAGCAUGCUGUGGCUUCUCCUCUGCUGACAGACAAAGGUCUGCUGGGAAACACUCAGUCCUGCUCACCAACUCACCACUCACCAACUACUUAAGCAUUGUUGUACAGACCAUGUAUCAACAAGCUUGAGGUGUUGGCUUGGCUUCCAAAGUCCCCACAUCCCGAUCCAGUCGAGCGUCCCUGAACUACAGAUCAGGGAUCUAGUCCAUGCCUCGACAGGACAGGCAGCUACAGAGAGGCACCAACACAGUAUGAGGCAGGUGGUUCAAACCUGAUCAGUGUAGGUUAAAGCACUGACAACAAACAAGUAAAAUGAACAUACAUGAAAACGAUUAUGAUUGGCAGGUGAGAUCUGGACUUUGGCUGAUUGUUAUUCCUACAAUUGAAAACAGGUGUUUGGGUUGCUGGAUCACCUGUUCAGGUGAAGGACAGGUUUUAUGUUUUUAAUCUGGAAGAUUACGUCUGUCGUUUAACCUGAAACUGCUGUCACUCCUACAAAUCCUGCAAGCUGCAGCUCAGGAAGUAACCAGCAGAGGGCAGUGUUUGCGUGUGAGUCGUGUCUCUGUGCACUCAUGGCUGUGGUACCUGCAGGUUCCAGCUUUGUGUCACUGAGCUAACACUGUGUUAUUUUAGUGCUGUUGGACAUUUCUGUUCAUCUUUACAAAAUAUGAGAACUGUAACCCUGAGAUAUCGACGUUAUAGUUUAAUUUAAUGCAAAGAGACAAUCGUUUAUAAGGUGGAUUUCUAAACUAAAAAACAGUCAAAAUGUUUUUAUUAUAGUUUCCAAAAACGAUAAGUGAACCAUGUGAUACUCAACCACAGAUGUUUGUUCAUGACAGCAUGAACAUGUCGUUUAGUACCUCAUCAUGGUGCCACGUACCCGUUGAGGUACCCGUCACUACACCAGAAUAACAGCUGACUCUGCCCGUUUCAUUGGUUUUUUUAAAUUUAUAUUUAUACCACACUCUCUCUUCUCCAAAGGAAAGAGGAGUUACAGCCCUGGAUUUCUCAUCAUUUCUCAAACUGCUUCACUGAUUUCUCAGUUUUGCUGAUAUCGACUUGCACAUACUUCAGUAUACACCAGUACAAACUGACUUUGUGGAUUUUAACCAUUUAAACAUGUGAAGUUGACUGUUUUUACAUUUGUAUGAAGUAUACAUGUCUUCACAAAGAGCGCGGUGGAGUGAUUUUCAGAGAAAAUGUCUCAGCUUUGAAAUUAAUUACUGUUAAAGUAAAACUUUGAAGGACUGGAGAACGAGCAGUGUAACCUGUAAUCUCCAAAUCUGUAUUAAAAUGAUUUGAGCAGAGAAAGAAUCACAGAAGUCCAUAAAAAGACCUGCAUGGGUUAGAACUUUGACCAAACAUCUUUCACACAUGGUGAUAUGAACCUCGUGCAAAAGAUGUUUUAUGUAUAAAUAUGUAUG